AUGGCGGAGGGAGACAACCGCAGCACCAACCAGCUGGCCGCCGAGACUGCCAGCCUGGAGGAACAUUUGCAAGGAUGGGGAGAAGUGAUGCUGGUGGCCGAUAAGAUCCUUCGGUGGGAAAGAGCCUGGUUUCCACCCGCCCUCAUGGGUGUGGUUUCUCUGGUGUUCCUGUUGGUCUACUACCUGGAUCCGUCAGUUCUUUCUGGUGUUUCUUGCUUUGUUAUGUUUCUGUGCUUGGCCGAUUACCUGGUUCCCAUUCUUGCGCCGAGGAUUUUUGGCUCCAACAAAUGGACCACUGAACAACAGCAAAGGUUUCAUGAAAUUUGCAGUAACCUAGUAAAAAACCGACGGCGAAUCGUUGGCUGGUGGAAGCGGCUCUUCACGCUGAAGGAGGAAAAGCCUAAAAUGUACUUCAUGACCAUGAUCCUUUCUCUGGCUGCCGUUGCCUGGGUAGGGCAGCAAGUUCACAAUCUCUUCCUCACCUACCUUAUCGUGACAUUCGUACUGCUGCUUCCGGGACUAAAUCAGCACGGCGUCAUUUCCAAGUACAUCGGGAUGGCCAAAAGGGAGAUCAACAAACUCCUGAAGCAGAAAGAAAAGAAAAAUGAAUGAUGGGUUCGCCUCGCUCAGUCUGACUUACUGUGGCCUAUAGUGACCCUGGGAACAGUUCCUGCUCUGUGUGUGGGUGUGUGUUGUGUGUGUGGGUGUGUGUACUAAAAUGUUACAGAAGCAGCUUCUAUUACACUCUUGUUUUAACUUAAAAAUGGGUCUUUAGUUAAAAAUUCUUGAUUAUCAAAAGAUUAUCAGCUCUUGUUCUGCCUGUCAAGUGAGCUUCGUGUCCUCGCUCAUUUUUGACUUUCUGGGAAAGAAACCCCUCUGAGGAUAGAUUUUGAUUUCCUCUUUCUAGGAAAUUCAUUUAGCGCGGUAAGGAACGUGAGCCCUGUAGUGCAGUGAGAGUGGUGUCGGUGAUUAACCCUCGUCUCAGAAGAUAUUCUGAAUCAGCUAGACCUCUUCAGGGAAUCUGUGUCUGUAGAAAGCUGGAUUGUUUGUGUGCUUUCAAGAAUGUGAAGACCAAUGUUACCAUUUCUAAUGGAAAGAGACCAAUUAGCAUUAGCAGUUCUCCAUUCCUGUUUUUCUGUGGGAAGAUACCAACAAAGUCUACUGAAAUGGGUUCCGUCGCCUACCUGUUAUUACUGUUUUUUUCUUACUGAAAAUCUUAGCCAUUUGUAGACCCUCUGGGCCUCCUCUGCCAGUUGGGGGUCUGGAACAUUUUAAAGUGUUAUCACCAGUGUCCCCCUCAGUGAUCCAGUAAAUUGUUGGAGAUUUCCUCGAAGGAUUCCUCUUAGACACGUGCUACCAUUUUGAGGCUGCUAAACUAUUCUAACUCUCUCUGACUUACCUGGCAGAUUUAAUGGUCAGAACAAUCGUAACAGCUCAGGCAGCCAACUUGUAAGUCGCAGUCCUUGGCAGAGAACCUAAACGUGAGGCCGAUGAGGCUCAACGUGUCCAUCUGAUGUAUUAGGGAUCUCGUCAGUGGUAGAGGAACCAUUUUUAAGGGAUCAGCUGAAUGUUGUCCUUCCUCAAGCACCAAACUUACUGGGAUGUCGAGCUAUGACCCAGCCCAGGUCGUUUCUAAGAGAGAAACCAACAGUCCUGCCAGUAACGCGGGGUGGAAGUUGGGGAAGGACUGCCUUCUGUGACCUGUCUUUAGAAAGUCCGAUUUGGUCCUGCAAGCAAUCGCCGAUCUAACCGGGCCACGUGAUGAAGAAAGAUAUACUCACGCUUCAGAAGGCAAGUCUGACCCUAUCCUAAAAUUUCUCUGAGCUCACUCCCUCUCUGAGGGUCAGACUUGUCCCUCCACCUUGCACCUGCAGCCUAAAAGCUAGAGGAGCCGAGAUUAGGGAGAACCAAUUAACCCAGUCCCCAGAGAUUCAAGGUAGCGUGAAAUACAUUUGGGAACAAUCUUUAAAAUCUCAUUCAACUAGCAGUGAUGUAGUUUCGUAAACCUUCUUGCACUGAGGCUAUAGCAACUCGAUUGUGUUGUCCCUAACGGUAAAUUCCUGUGUUCGAAAUACUACUGUACUCAUGGAGCCGGGUAGCAUGUCAUCGGUUUUAUGAAUGUCGUCCUGUAUGCAAGCCAACUCGGUUACGUGUGAUUCCUCUUGUAAAUAAGCCUGUCUUCGUAUCUGGAUUAUUUGCGUCCUGAUGGCUUCUGCGGUUCUGUACCUUCGGUCCUUUCACUGUUAUGUGUAGAGAGGGAAACAUUAAAACGUUGAACUCUUGA